GUCACUUCCAGCCAUGGGUCUUUGGGGAAUGCUUUGCCUUUUACUUUUCCUGGGCAAGACUUGGGGACAGGAACAAACACAUGGCAGAUGGACGGUCAAGGCUAAGUACAGAGACGAUGCUUCAACAACUGGGACUACAUACUUUAAAGUUAAAGAACAUGAUAAAGCUUACAGAACAACUGCUACGGCCGCAACUGAUCUGCAACACACGGUGGAAAAGCGAGAAGCACAUGACAUGUGUCACCACCUGCCAACCCAGUGUCUGAAACAGAAGAUAGAAGAACAAGCUUCUAAAUACAAACAUCCGGUGAUCAAGAAAUGCUGUUAUGAUGGGGCCAGACAGGACCUAUAUGAGACCUGUGAGCAGCGGGCUGCCCGCGUGAAGAUAGGCCCGCUCUGUGUUAAAGCCUUCACUCUCUGCUGUACCACAGCCCAGCAGAUCCUAACACACAGCACCUUUAAGUACAAACCUUUGGUACAUGGCCACAGAUCCUAACAUAACUGUCCUCUGAGAGGCUCCACCCAGCAGCCACUGGAAAGAGAUGCAGAGACCCACAGCCAAACACUAGAUGGAGCUAGGGGAGUCUCAUGGAAGAGCUGGGGAAGAACUGAGGUACCUGAAGGCAACAGGGACUCCACAGGAAGACCAACAGAGUCAACUGACCUGGACCCUUGGGGGUUCCCAGAGCCUGAAUUACCAACCAAAGAACAAGGACUGACUGGACCCCAGCCUCCUGCACAUAUGUAGCAUAUGAGCAGCUUGGUCUUUAUGCUGGUCUCCCAACAACUAACUGGAGAAGCUGUCCCUGAAUCUGUUGCCUGCCUGCCUGCCUGUGGAUCCUGUUCCCUUAAAUGAUCUGUCUUGUCUGCUCUCAGUGAGAGAGGAUCCACCUAGUCCUGCAGGGAUUUGAUGUGUGUGUGGGUAACACCCAAGGUGUGGUCCUGCUUCACAAAGAAGGGGAGGGUGGAAUGGGGGGAA